CACUCAUUAGGUUAGAGAUCGAGGAUUACUAUUCUUCUGGUGCGAUCGGAAAUCUCAACAUUUUCCACUUGUUUAAAAACUCUGCAUUUCCUCCUGUCCGCUGUGAAAGGGGAAUAAAAACUAAUCGGAAACUAAUAGUGUUACGUUGUCUUGUCUCUACUACGUAAUCCUGAGUGAAAGUGGGGGCGUCCGUGUCAUAAAUUCCGAGAGAAAGAGAGAGGAUUGAAAUAAUCAAUAGGAUGACGACAUUUCUCUUGGCCGAGAGAGAGAAAGUCUGCUGUCGUCGUGUUCCUUCAUCCAAGUGCAAAUGUACCGACUGACAUUGUGUGCUUUGGCUGGUUAGCAAUAUCGAUUGGCCUUUGGUGCAGAAGAAGGAACCAAAUGUGGUGCUAUUACAUGUACGAGAGUGGCACAUGGAUUUUUGCUUUUUCGAUAACAUUCCAUCCUACGUGCGACCAGUCCCCCACUGGCGUUCCUCCGUCUCUCUCCACUUGGACUUCCUCCUCCCAGACGCACCUCGAAUCACUGCGCUUCCAAAAAGUAACUCAACUAAUCCUCCGAAACAUUUAAUAAGAGGGAGCGUGUCUCUUUUUACCGAACCGUUAUUACAUGAGUCACACAAGUCGAGGCUCAACCGUGUAAUAUAAUAUUCCAUGUUUGUUAUACUGACCUCACCACUUUUCAGACGUCAGAAAGAAGAAGAAGAAGUCCAAUCUUGGUUGGACAUUGGUCUCUCGUUCUGUUCGUUAGCAAAACCAUAACAAGUUAUGCAACCCCUUCGUGCCAGUUUUGCACCAGGUAAAUAAAAGUAAGCGGGGUACCCCCUUAACAACGUGAAGAAACGAUUAAUUGACGGUGAUGUGAUCAGUGGAGAAGCCAACCAAGCAACGAGAACUCAUUGGUAUCCAAUUGCGGAUAAAAACAAUAAUCCAGUUCGUCCGUGCCAUAUAAUAAAGGAGUGGAUUUCUUUUCCUUGCCGUGUAUGCAUCGUGUGAUCACCAUUCGUAUCGUAUCGUAUCGUCUAAACAACUAGUAAAUCGUAACGCAAGUUCUGUUGUUUUGCUUAAAUGGAUUAUUGUUCUGCAGUAGUGCUUCGCUGACGCUGACGGAUAGUUUGUCAGUCGAAAACAGCGAGAGAUAUGUUAAGUUGAGCACUUCUUCUUCUGGUCGGAGAGGGGAAAUUAGGGAAUUUUAUUACAAAUUCAAUAAGCAAGGACGAGAGUAAUUUCUACUCGUGAUUGUUCCAAAUCGUUCAACCUUUACGGAAUUUGAUUUUGCCAUAUAUACAUUUUUAGCCGUACGCAAGUUACAACAAUACAAUUUCGACUCGUUAGGUUUAUUUUGUCUGAUAUAAUAUAAUCAUCAUCAUAUUAGUUUUUGGCAAGUUGGGCAGCGUAAAAAGGAACCGAGUUAUUGUAUAUAAAUAGUUAAUUCAAUUCUUCGCAAAACUCAUCCAUACAUUUCGCCCAUGUCGUGCCAUGAACAAAGUUCAGUUCAUUACACUCCUAGCUCGCAAUAAAACCUUUAAAUGAGAGGAUAUUAAGCCAGUGGCAGCGUGCAUUCCCAAAUAAUAAUGUACUGACAAUGUGUGUGUCGGAAACGGACCGUGUCGUUGGUGUGAUAUUAAAAACUGUUAUUAUUAUUCUUUUCCAUCAAUUUCAUAGGAAAGAGUAGCACCAGGUUCGUGGGGCACUUUAAAUAUUUCUGCGAUUGAAUACUACCAAGGCUGGCUUUUACGACUUUUGCUGUUGAAACUACCACUUAUUGAUAAACAAGAUAAUUAAAUAGGAUGGAUAACUGAAUGCCAAUAAUUUUUUUAUUGUAUGGACUAUUGGAUUUUUUUUACCAAAGAGUCAGAAUUAUUUUUGCCUUGCUCCAGUUUGCAUAGGCACUUUUUGAGCAGGACUGGACCCGAGUGGUCUUGACAGGGACAAAAUUAUUCUCACAUUUGCACAUUUGCAGUUUCCUCUCUCGUUGAUAUUACUAUAGUCAACUAAUUUCAGUAUGGAAAAGAUUAUUUAAGUAAUCUUUAUUAAAUUGAUCUAGCCAACCAGAUCUACACGAUUGCUGUAUGAAAAAAAUAUUUAGUACAGGAAAACGGUCAGUGGGCAAGAAGCGAAUUUAUAAGUAAGAAAAUGGUGGCAUAUCAUCGAUGACAGUAUAAACUUGCAAAACUGUAACUUUCAGUAUUAUUGUGUACACUUUGAAUGUCCAUAUCCCUAUAUCUGGAUAUUUAUUGACAGGAACUAUUCCACUUGAGGUCUUUAAACUUUUUGCAUAACAGCGUCUCAUCCAAUUUAGACUAUAAAGAGUAAAUUGCAUUCUAAAGAAAGUUGGAUUCAAUUAAUUUUACACAAACUGUAACUUGCUCCAAAUUGUGAACUCUGCGAAACAUUUAUAAAACCAUCAAAUUAUCAAAAUUGAUUUAGUUGCUGUUGAUUGCAAACUGUAUGUAAACCAUUUCUUAAUGCAAAUCAACUUACUGCAUAGACACAAACAUCAAUAUAAUAAACAUAGACUGCAUAGUUGUGAUUACAGCAAAUGCCAUUGUUAGCCUUAGUCAGACAGUCGUUUGCACGAGACUCAACAAUUGUAUGAUUUCAUUUAAACCAUAUUAAAGUCACAUAUUAUAUAAAACAAAUUGCAGAAUAGACUUUUAACUAUAAAAUUAGGUCAUAUAAUAAAUUACAAUAAUAAUAAUAAUAAGCUAGAUAAAUACUGGACGUGUAAAAUCAAGUGUCAAAUCUUUUCUCAUUGUAUAAAUAAUAUAAUUUGUAUUAUUCGAAUUAAACGCAAGUCUCUCUUCUAAAUACUUACGUAUUAUCGUAAACAAGCUGUCAUUCGGUGGUGACUAACGGAUUUUAAUUGCAAAUUUCAACUGUGAACACAAUAAAUAUGGGCUGCUGUAAAGUGUAUUGCAAAAAGAUGCAAGAAAGACAACCAAUCCUGGAAAAAGUUAGCCUGGCCAUUCAAGGCUCGUUGGAGAAUUUUUUCUACAGAUGGGGCGUCCUUGUCGCCACACAUCCAUUCAAAUUCAUUUUUGGAGCAUUCAUGUUCACAGCACUAUUGGCAUUGGGAUUUAUAAACUUUACCCAAGAAAAUCGACCAGAUAAAUUAUGGAUUCCACGAGACUCCAAGUUUGCAAGCGACACAGAAUGGCUAAGAAAUAACUUUCCUUCUCCUUUAAGAGAGAGCUUUGCUAUAUUCACUGCGGAAAAUGUUCUUGUUCCGGAGGUCAUGCAAGCAAUAUUUGAAAUCCAUGAACGCGUUGGGAGAAUUUCCAUUUUGGACGGUAAAAAAUGGGAAGACUUGUGUUUCAAAUUGCCUAUUACAAAAUUCAAUGAAGCUUCCAAGUAUCGACGUCGACGCCGGCGUUCUGUUGCUACUACUCUGCCGUCUCGGGAAGUACUGAUGACUAGCGAAAAUAGGACGGCAAGAGAAGAGGACACAUUUUUCGGACAUGCAUUCGACGAUUUUGAUAAUGCUUUUAAUGAAGACUUUUUUAAUGAAGUUUCAUCUCCACAUGUUGUCGACUGGGACCCAUCAAUAGAACUUCCAGUCGAGACGUAUUGCUCAAUGGUUAAUAGCCUCGAUGAAGCAUGCUGGGAAGUUAAUCCCACGGAACUUUGGUCUUUCAACCGAUCUCUCAUUCAUAAUUUAACUAAAGACGAUAUUGUUCAGGUCAUGAAUUAUCAAUUGACCAGUCCCAUAUUUGGAAGAAAAGUCAACUACACGGCAGAACUGGGGGGAAAAAUAACUCAUAACGAGAAGGGUGAAAUAAUAGGUGCUGAAGCCAUCCGACUAAAAUUCGUCGUGGCAAUUAAUCAGACGGCAGUUGACCUGGGCAAGUCAAUGAGUGAUUUCAGCACUGGUGAAACUGCGGACGAAGGUACUUGGCUUUGGGAGAAAGCGUGGACGGAAUUGAUGCAGAAUGCAAGCAAAUCCCUACCACGAGGAAUUCAAGUCUAUUAUGCAAAUGGCAGGAGCUGGGGUGAUAUUACGGAAUCUUUGAUUUUUGAAGAUGGUAUGAUGCUUGUGGUUGGUUUCCUUGUAAUGUUCGUUUACAUUUCCAUUAUGAUUGGGCGCUUCAAUAUGGUCGAGCAAAGGCCUUUCCUUUCUAUUGCUGGAAUUACUUGUGUCGGUUUUGCUGUGAUUGUUGCGUACGGAAUAGGUGCCAUGUGUUUUCUUCUGUAUGGACCAGUCAACAAGAUUCUGCCCUUCAUGCUUCUAGGAAUUGGAAUUGACGACAUGUUUGUGAUUAUGCAAUGUUGGUCAAACCUAUAUCCAUCCUGUUUGACAAAAAAAUGCAAGCAAAGCAUUCCCGAAAGAAUGGGUAUGACCAUGAAACAUGCGGGCGUGUCGAUCACGGUCACAAGUUUGACGGAUGUCGCAGCAUUCGGCGUGGGAGCAUCCACGAUAAUGCCUGGUCUGCAGUCAUUCUGCAUUUAUGCGGCGAUUGGGAUAAUUGCCGUUUUCCUGUUGCAAGCCACGUUCUUUGUCGCAUGUUUCGCAGUUGAUCAGAAACGGCUUGAAGACCGAAGAAAUGGCUUCUUUCCUUGGAUCAAAUAUUCUGAAUCAGAGUUUACACCCAGUGAAUGGAGUCAGAAAAGCUACUAUCAGUCAGUUUUCGAAUGGUUCUUUUUCAAAAUUAUACUUACUCCAAUUGGAAAGACGAUUGUAAUCCUCAUGACUCUGGGAUUCCUUGGGGUCAACAUUUAUGGAAAUUUACUACUGAAACAAGAGUUCGACCCGGUUUGGUUUUUGCCGGACGAUUCCCAUUUGGCUUUGUUCAUAAAAACCAGGGAAAAUAAUUAUCCAGGGACCGGAAACCCAGCGUUCAUAGUUGCAGAAAAUGUUAACUGGACAGCAAGCUUUGAAAGCUACGAUAAAUUUUCAGAAAUGUUCAAGUCUUCCGAUGAAAUCUAUAGUUUUGAAAACUGGUACGACGAUUUCAAAAUCUAUGCAAACCAGCAUUUUGGAACUGACAUUCCCAAUAAACCACUAGAUCCAAAAUUGUUUCAAAAGUACAUGGGGAAAUUUUUGUACAGUCCUCGUGGAUCGAAGCAUCGAGGCUUUUUCAAGUUGGAAGGAAACUUUAGUUGUGGCAAUAACCUACCAACAAUUAAGAUGGUCAUGAUGCCGUUUCGCUUCAGGAAAUUUGCUGGUGCUGCCGAACAUAUCCCAGGAAUGCAUCAUAUAAAAAAUAUUGUCGCAAGUGUCAACUUGACAUACAACACUGGUAAGCAUGGUCGUAUGAUUCCUUGGUCACCGGCGAUGGUCACAUGGGAGACAGACGAGCUGAUAACUGAAGAGUUGUACAAGAAUGUUUUAUUUUCCUUCAUCUCUGUCUUGGGAACAACCUUCCUCCUUCUCGCCAACAUAAGAGUGUGCUUCUUCUGCGGGCUAUGUGUCAUUUUUACCUUAAUAAAUGUGGGUGGAAUGAUGCACUUCUGGGGUCUUACCAUAGAUAUGAUAUCUUUCAUAGAUAUUGUUCUUGCUGUGGGCCUUUGCGUUGACUACGCCGCACAUAUCGCCUUAGCAUUCAUGUCUUGCUCGGGGUCAAGGGCUGGCAGAGCGGAGUAUGCUGUCAGAUCCAUUGGCCCAGCUGUUUUGAAUGGAGGAUUCAGUACAUUUUUAGCAAUUCUACUUCUCGCAAAUUCUCAGUCACAUGCGUUCAAGUCAUUUUUUAAGAUAUUUACCGUUGUGAUAUGUUUCGGAUUAUUCCAUGGACUCGUUUUUCUCCCCGUAUUACUGACUCUGAUUGGACCUCAGCCAUUUUCCAAUACUCAGGAUGGAAAGAACGAACCUGGAAGUGGCACCAGUCCUAAGCCCCCAGUAGAAUUGCGACCAUUGACCAAUGGCAACGCAAACCACUCCCACAACAACCACCACUAUCAGCAGCCUGAAAGUCUAGCUGCAGAUUCAUCAUGUCCUCAGGAAGAACUCCUACCCAUGGAUCCACUCAAUUCAAUAACUGUACAAAGUUAGACGACCUUCUUAUUUAGCUAUGCGCAGAUACAUACAUAGUUGUUAGCACUUUACAUGACUGAUUAAGGUAUUUUUAGACUUAGUGACUUGAAUAUACUACGUGUAGUUCAACGUGACAUACAUAAUUAGCAGAAAACUCAUUUUUCUAAAGAAUAUGAAUUCACACGCCAAUAAGUUGGUUGUAUUAAAUUUAUGUAUUAUUCGGUCAGAUGUAACAAAGUAAAAAAUAAAAUAAAAAUAAAAGGUGUA